AUGCACUACCUUCGGCAAUGUGCAACUCUGCGACUCAUAAAGCAACACAGUCGGAUGAAGAAAUACAGGAGCCACGAGCUGGCGCGACUGCCCGCAGCUUCGUGGGGGCGGCAGACGGAGAGGAACCGCCGGCUCAGCCCAUCCUUCCUAGGCUCGGCGUGGCGAGCUCCGCGGGUUGAGGAGCCCAGAGCCGAUGCGAGGGGACAGGGCGCGGAUGACACCAAAGCCCUCUGCCUCUUCCCCGCCCCACCCCUGAGCACGCCGCCUCCAGAAGCCCGCAGGAGACACCUUCCUCCCCGCCCCUGCACAGCCGAGGCGCUUUACGGCGGCGGCGGCGGAGUGGGAUCCUCGGCGGCGGUGGUGGCGGCCGCGGCGGCGGAGGCGGCGGCGGUGGCUGAGGAAGAGGAGCGGCGGCAGGACGCGGAGGAGCACGAGGGCGGCGGCGGCGGCAGGAGCCUGGCGGGCGGCGAGGCGCCGGCGGCGGCCAAGGGGCAUCAGUGCCACCGCUGCCCUCAGCCGCCGCAGGAGCAGCAACAGCUCAACGGAUUGAUCAGCCCUGAAUUGCGGCACCUCCGGGCGGCAGCUUCCCUCAAGAGCAAGGUCCUGAGUGCGGCCGAGGCGGCCGCGACCACGGCCACCCCCGACGGGGGCUCCAGAGCGACUGCAACAAAAGGAACCGGGGUACACUCGGGCGAGAGGCCCCCUCACUCCCUCCUCAAUAAUGCAAGAACUGCUCUCCCAAGCCCGGCAGAGGCAGCGGCGGCGAGCGGUACCGCGGCGGCCCGCAAUGGACUGGCCGAGGGCACCGAGCAGGAGGAGGAGGAAGACGAGCAGGGGCGGCGGGGCUUUCUGACCGCAGGCUGCAGUUUAAGAAGCCCCUCGGGCCGGGAGGUUGAGCCUGGGGAGGAUCGGACGAUACGAUAUGUCCGAUAUGAAUCCGAGCUACAAAUGCCCGAUAUCAUGAGACUGAUCACCAAAGAUCUGUCUGAACCCUACUCCAUUUAUACCUAUAGAUAUUUUAUCCACAACUGGCCACAGCUGUGCUUCUUGGCCAUGGUAGGGGAAGAGUGUGUAGGUGCCAUCGUUUGCAAGUUGGAUAUGCACAAAAAGAUGUUCCGCAGAGGUUAUAUAGCCAUGUUAGCCGUGGAUUCCAAAUACAGGAGAAAUGGCAUUGGUACUAACUUGGUUAAGAAAGCUAUUUAUGCCAUGGUUGAAGGAGACUGUGAUGAGGUUGUUUUGGAAACAGAAAUAACAAAUAAGUCUGCUUUGAAACUUUAUGAAAACCUUGGUUUUGUUCGAGAUAAGAGGCUGUUCAGAUACUAUUUAAAUGGAGUUGAUGCACUGCGACUUAAACUGUGGCUGCGCUGAGAAACUGACAUCAAGGAACAACUUCCAACCACACAGAAUUGACCUUUGCAUGCAAUGCAAUUUGUACAGAAUUGCUUUGCAGGUGGAUUUAGUAAUUUCCAUGCAGCUCUUACCUGUCAGUGUCUCAUUGAGUGUCGCACAAUAUUUGUUGCACUUUGGCAUGGCGCAUUUGUUCUGAAUUAAAAGAGAUUGUUUUAAACUUCAAGAGUUCUUUUGGUACCAACACGGUGUGCCAGUUGAUAGCCAAGAUUUGUUUGUUCAUUUGCAAAGUCAGCUGACAAUGUUCUUUACAGUGAUGGUUUUAUCACAGAACCAAUAAGUGGAACAUGAUUUUUGUUCCUUAAAAAAAGCCAAUGUGGAUUGUAAAAGUCUCUAAGUAUACUAACAUUUCACAAAAAAUCUGCCAUAGUUUUCUGAAAGGGUUAGGGAAAACUUCAGUUUUAGGUUUUAUUUUUUCAAUAUAAAAUUUCCAUUCUUGGAUAUUGGUACCUCAGUGAUUAGUGAAUGGAAAAAAAUGUCAGGUGGGAUAUGUCUUACAAUGAGUACAGAUUAUUAAAUUGCGUCUGCCAGUGCCUGUGUAGAUAAGUAUAUUUGUCUUCAUCUCUAGUUUUUUGAAUGCAUGCCUAUCUUUUCCUUUUCUUUAAGGCCUUUGCAAGCUUUUAUUUAAAUUCUAAAUUUGAUAAUAAAUUAUUUCAGAUUUUUAUAAUUUGGAUACUUUUUCUAGGUGAGUGACAGAAUGGUUUACUUUAGAAAUUCCUUCUUUCCUUUCAGUAAGAAGUUGAAUCUACUUGGAAAAUUCUUUGAGAAAUGGCUCAAAAGGGAUGAGAAAGGUUGACAGAGCCAGGAAUUGCUGGGUUUUGGAUGCACUUUUUUUUGAGUGAGAGAAUUUUUGGAAAAGAAUAGAAAAUUAAUGUAAAUUGGUAUGAUUUUAUUUAAUCAAAAUUAUUGCUAAGCUGUGAAGAACAGCUUUUACAAAGUAGCUGGAAUUUUUUUUGCCCACUUGAUUUGGAUUCACAUUGCUUCCAUUUCUUAAAAUACUUCACUUUUGGUUCUUGGUCUUAGAAAUAAAUUUCAAGGUGCAUUGUAUCCAUUUUAGGCUGCUUUUAUUUUCUUUUCACCUCUAUGAGCAAAUGUUUGGGAGCUUUCCUUUGUUCCUCCAGAAAAAAAAAAAUGAAAAUCUUUUUGGGAGCGAGUUCUAUGGGUUUUCUUAAGAGCCUUCAUGUUUAUUGGUUACAUUGUGUUUUGACCAAUCAGUGCAGUGUAACAAAUUUUAAAGUUAAUUAUUUUCAAUUGAGUCAGUAAACCUGUGAUGGAUAAUUUAUUUAACUGGAAAACAUAGGUACCCAUUAAAAAAAAAAAAAGAUUUGUUCUCUGUGAAAAAUGUUUGUAGGAAUCUGUGGGUUUUUUUUGUUUGUUUGAUUUUUUUUUUUCAUUUGAAUAUGCUUUACUUCUGCUCUAGGAUUUUGAUUUGAAUUUUAUGUUAUAGCUAUAAUUACUGUAUUUUAAAAAACCCUACCUCCAUUAACAGUUGGUAAAGGCCCCUUUUCAGGAAAGUUUGUUACUGUUUUUUUUUUUUUUUUUUUCUUUCUUUCUUUAAAGGAAAGCUGCUCCUUGCUCAGUAUAGUGUUUUUUGAAAGUGAACAUGGUAACAAGUACUUUAAAAAUAAAGAUACACAAUUUAUAUUUGAUGAAAAUAAAAACUUCCUGCUGGUGGGAUCAUUUAUAUAGUUCCUUAUUUUUAAAGAAACAUUUUUCUGUUUCCUAUUGUUCUUGAAAUUUUAAUGGGCAGAAUACUGGUUAUAUUAACAAUAUAAUGACUACACUGUACUCAGCUUUUCAGCUGACCAUUUCGAGUGUUUUUUUGGUCAGACUUUGUUGGAUGCUAGCAUAGAAGAAUACCAAUCACAGUGAUACUUCUGUUAACUAUUUUUAAUAUGAAGGAAACUGCACUAAAGCAGUAUACUUAUAUCAUCAAAUUUUAUAUCACCCCUUUAUUUUUGACUUGCUGGCUCAGAGGUUAAUUGUUGAUGAACAACACAUUUGCUUGACUCACUAAUGGGGACAGGUGUAAAGUAGAUACAUACUAGAUUAUCUGUUCAAGCAUUCUUAUGUGUUUGCCAGGUGUCAAUGAAACCAGUCACUAUUGACCUUUCCCCCAGUUGCUGAAUUGACUGAACUGAUUUGUCACAUGACCUUACUAUGUGACUAAAAAGUCAGAUGGUUGCCAUAUGGUUUGGCUGAUCUAUAUUGAAUAUCAAUAUAUACCUAUGUCUUUAACUGGGUAUUCAAAACUUGUUUACUUAAGUAGACUAAAAUUUUAACCCUUAGGUGAUAAUUUAGCUCCAGAAUUUAAAAUCUCUAUUCACUUGAAGUAGCAUCAGAUAUAAAUUUAUAUUUUAACAUUGGGCUUUUAUCUUUCUUACAUAAGCUUAAAAAGAUUUCAUUUAUAAUUGGUAGAGUGGAUUCACUUGGCUAAAACUGAGCAAAAUUGUUGCAACUUUCUUUUAAUGGGGUGCUGCCUCUAUAAGACUGACUGUACUAUCCACUGACACUGGUUUGGCAGUUGGUUCUGCUGAACAUUUUUAUACAUGCUACCAUGAAGCUAUAUGUGUUAGUAUUGAAGAAGCUAACGGGUAUACUAGCAUUUUUGAUGUGUGGGCUGAUUAUAAUUUCCCUUACAUUGGGAAGAAACUACUUUAGAGACGUCUACAGAUCAGAAACCAGAUACUAGUUUUUGAAGUCAAAGCCAGCAAAAUAAAAGAGAAAGAAAAAUUACUAUUAAAAAAUUGGUUUUAAUAUUUUCUGCCUCUUCCCCAAAUUACCCUCCCUACUUGCUCGACAAAUCUAUGUAAAGGAAUUUGUUUGUUACAUGUUUUAACUUUACCUUGCCCUGUGUUAUGGUAUUGGCUGACGUGUAUAAGAGUGGAUGUGUGUAUUUAUUAUGGUGUCUAAAAAUCAUGAAGUUCAUCACUUUCCAGGAGCAUAGAUAAAAUCAAAUUGGUAGUGCAUCAGUUACUUUUCAGUGCACCAUGUCAUCACUAAAAUGAGUGCUAUAAUGUUACAGGGCUUUCAGGUUUGUAAAAACAUAACCAUAAAUUAUAUUGACGUCAGAUAUGAGUUGAGUAUCUAUAAAAUAUCACGUGUAUCUCAAAAUAUUGGACUGCUGUUUGAUGACUGGAUAUUAUUGCAUAAUUUUCUUCUAUUGUCCCGUAUCCUUUUGGAGAAGAGAGAUUUAAUGGGAUUUGAAAUGUGCAAGCUGUCUAAAUAAGAUGCAGUCAAAUAAAGUAUGGUUAAGUUGUGUUUGCA